AUGGCGCGCAUCCACCAUUCCUGGAGUUUCAACAUCGACCGGUUCCUCAAUCCCUUGAUCCCUCCUCCGCCAUGGAACCACAUCCCUUACCCCAUCGCCUACUGGUUUGGCUAUCGCAAGACGAAGCCUCAGGGAACAGGCAACUUGAUGCCCAUCUUUUGGGCCUUUAUCGGCGUCUUUGGUGCUAUUGCCAUGAUUGAAGCCGUUGGAAAGCAUGUCGCCUCGUUCCCACCCCACCACGUACCUCUCAUCGUGGGCAGUUUUGGUGCUGCUGCCGUCCUUGAGUUCUACGCCAUUGAAUCGCCUCUUGCGCAGCCGCGAAACGCCAUCGGCGGCCAAGUCAUCUCCGCCAUCAUUGGUUGUGCCGUGGGAAAGCUCUUCCUUCUCAGUGACAACUUUGAAGACAUCAAAUGGCUCGGCGGUGCUCUGGCUUGCGCUUCUGCUACUGCGAUGAUGGCACUGACCAAGACCGUGCAUCCUCCGGCCGGUGCAACCGCGUUAUUGGCUGUUGUUGAUCCCACUCUUAUCCAAGUCGGCUGGUUUCUGAUCCCCGUCAUGUUGCUGGGAAGCACUUUGAUGCUUGGUGCAGCCCUCCUUAUUAACAACAUCGAGCGCCAAUUUCCCGUCUACUGGUGGUCUCCUGAAGAUCUGAGGCAGCCCAACUCCAUGUUUCGCCGCCGAUCAUCCAAGAAGAAGGCCAAGGAAACUGAAUCCAAGCCCGAGGACGCUAGCAGCGGAGAAGGCGAUGCGAGAUACGUUUCCGAUGUCGAGGCGAAUGCCGCUGCCGAGACCGAGUUGGAAAAGGAAGACACCAUUUAUGCCGCCGAUAUCAUCAUCAAGCCGGGACAGGUCAUUGUUCCUGAACACGUCUAUCUCACCCAGGAAGAGCAGCAGUAUUUGGAAAUGAUAUCCAAACGUCUCUAA